UUAAGAAACUGAUAAAAUCGUACCAUAUAGGUUUAAGACUUUUCGGUGUGCAAAUACCUGUGACAAUUCGCUAGUUUCAUAUUUAAACCUAAAUAAAGUCAAUCCUACUUUCUCACAAAGAGGUAUGAUAAACAAGUGGGAAACGUGUGUGUAAAGGUGUAUAAUAUGUAAAAUAGACUAUCUAUAGAUGAUGUGUUUUCGGCUGGAUAUCCACUAAGUUUGGAUGUCAGAAUUUUCUUUUUCACUUGUUAAAUGUGUAACGAACUGGGCUAGAUGGUUAAUGGAGUUGAUAGUUAAUUUCAAUAGCGUUUAUUGAAAGGAGUUUUCAGUUAAACGUAGUAAUUAUAGUGGUGUAAAGUAGAAGUGAACAUGUUUAAAGUAUUAAAUCUCAACAAUCUUACAGUGAAUGACUUUUCACAUUCAAAGCUGUCUCGGAGUUAUUGAAAAUCAAACAUGUUGAACUAAUUUCCAGUGUGAUUUAAAUUUCGGCAUUCAAAAUAUGAAUAAUUUGUGUUUUUCAUCCAGAGUAAUCAUAAAAUGAUCAACACAUGUGGAUAUGUUAUUUGUGUGUGUUGUUUGUUUAUCGUAAAUAUACUACAAUGCCAAGGAGAUACUUGUCCAUCGGAUAUUUCGUUUACUGUCAAUCCAGACGCCGACGUGAAAUUUACGGUCGUGACGUCAUUGCGUCACGCCGACGGCGACAAAUGUGGCAAAGGUAUAGACCAAUCAGCUUGGCAGAAACUGGUCGUUAUGCAGUGGCUGGUCGAUAAAAUGAAUGAUGCCAACUUUACAGGAAACGUAAAAAUAGGCUUUGAUGUCCAUGACGACUGCGGGCUAAACCGGAAGUCCAUGUCACGUGCUCUCGAUGUACUCGACGGACCCGUUCUUGGAACCACUUCCUGUAAGGCGAAUGACAAGUGUCAGAUAGGUCUGAUCAGCGCAUCUGGAAGUAGCCCCACUGAAGCCCUGCUGUACGCACUAGACGGCUCCCACAUUCCGGUUCUUAGUCCCAUCGCCACCCGUACUAACUUGAAACGAUACUGGAACUUCUUCCGGACCAUCCCGUCCGACGACCAUCUAUUACAGGCACUGGUGAACGCGCUGAAAGAUAUUAACGUCACUUACGUCGCAGUGAUUUACGAGGACACCGAUUUCGGACGAUAUGGGGUUCAGAUGAUUCGGGAACUUGGACAUGCAAAAGGCGUGUGCGUUGAUAGCGAUUUAAAACUCACGCCAAAUGUUAAAGUAGACCUCACCAAUUUGACGGCCCAAAGGGAUCGCACCAAGGAUGAUAGCCUUAGAGUGAUUUUCAUCGGUCAACAGUCGUCCUUCAUCAAUAUGAAACGCGACCUCGACACUUACAACCUCGGUGAAACGAUUCCUGGAAUAACAUGGCUCUUCAUCGAGCAGGCAGAAGACUGGACUUCUACCAAUGAUUUUAAGAAUGCGUAUAAUGGAACGUUAGUGAUGUCGCAUGCGCGGGAAAAUAUUUCCGAGGCUUUUGAGUAUGUUAAGAUGAAAUGGAACCGAGUUAAUAACAAAUCAGAUGAUCCAAUAGAGAGACUUUUGGCCAGUUGUGCUGGAGGAAGCAAUCUUACUGCUGUAGACGCCGACUUUGGCCCCACCGUUGACGCGGUAUUUGUGCUGCUAUUUACGUUCCAAAGGCAGUUAAAGGAGAAGUGCACCGCCAAAGCCCCGUUUAUAAACUGUAGUCGUAUUCGCGAGGAGUUCAAUUUUAAGGGAGAGAUCCUUAAUUAUCCGAUGCGAUAUAUUGACAUGAAAACUAUCACACAGGGCGCGUUGGAUAUCAAAGAAUUUACGGACAAAAACAGAGUGGUGAAUUUCACAGCAGACGGAAAUGUGUUAUCGAGUUCGCAUGUUCCACUCUAUGACGUAUCAGUGACUGUGUCAGGCAAACAAGACGUGAUCGGUAAAAUCACAAUCGAUGGUUUCAACCUGACAAGAGUUGGCGUGGUCUUGCCUUACUCGAGGUGCGGCGAAUCCUGCCCGGCCUGCGUCAGCCUGCCGGAUAUACCCUUCGCCUUCAUAGAGGGCGACACCUACAUACUGGGGAUCAUUUCAAUCCACGAGACGGAUAAGGACUUACCCUUCGGGUGCGGCCAGUUUCGAACGCAGCAGAUGGACGUGGUUUUAGUUGAGGCCUUCCUUCACACGGUCGAAGCGGUGAGGAACACUACUGUCAACGAUGGUAGGAAAAAUUUCAGAGUUGGAGCUAUCAUGCUGGAUGAUUGCUAUAGUUAUGCGCGAAUGCAGCUUCUUUUGACAAAAAUCAUGUCCGGAGAGACGCGUCUGAAGCACCCAGUCACAGGGAAGCCAAUUGACCUUCGCAAUAAAAUCGUUGCCGUGGUAACAAUUGUUAGCAGCACGGUAACAAAGGCGAUUGCCGAUUUAAUGGCCGAAUUUUAUGUUCCUGUUAUAUCCGCCUCAGCCUCAUCGAAGGAUUUGGACGACCGAGCUAAUUUUCCGUACUUUUUACGGACUAUCCCGAGUGAUGGCGAACAAGCAAAGGCGAUGGCGCAUAUUGUAAAAAAGAACGACUGGAAGUACAUUAGCCUUAUGUAUGUCAAAAAUAACUACGGGAGUAAAGGAAGAGAUGCUUUUAUGAAUGAGGCUAAGAAUAAUGGGCUGUGCAUCGCUAAUGAGCCAGAAGGUAUAACAGAUGUUGAUGCAAAUGAUAUCGACCUCAAAGAGGUGUCCACAAGAAUACUUAACCAUAAAACCGAUAUCACAGUUUACUUCGGUACUGAAAUGAGAAUGAAACAGUUUUUGCGAAUUAUAAACGACAAUACCCCAUACAUUUUCCUGGGAAGCGAAGAUUGGGGAGACAGGCAACAUUUAUUGUCAGAUACCGGAAACAAAACGUUAGGGAGUAUUACAAUGAAGAAUGACAAUGCAAGUAUAGAUACCCUUAGUUUUCGGGACUAUUUGACAAGAGCAAACCCUCAGAAUAUCUCUUUUACAAGAAAUCCAUGGUUUACCGAGUACUGGGAAGACCUGUUUAAAUGUGAUCUACCUUUCAGUAUAACGAAUCGAUAUUUACAUGAGUGCAAAGUGGAUCAGCGUUUUUCACAGCCUGCUUUGCAGGAAUUUAUGGGUGACCAGCGCGUUUUGCAUACUAUUUACGUAAUUCAGGCGUUAUUUGAGGGUCUAAAAGCUGCCAAAGAAAAAUUCUGCAAGUUCGAUGAGACUUUUCCAUGUGAUGCCUAUCGUGGUGAGAAACACGCGGACAUUUAUUUGAGUAUUCUCAGAAACGUGAAGUUGCUCCGGAAUGGGAUGGCUACCAGGGUGUUCCGGGAUGACGGAAACGGGAACAUCGGCUUCCUCAUCAAUAAUGUGCAGAUAGGGACCGACGGAAAGCUCUUUUAUGCACAGGUAGGCACCUUUAACGACGGAAUCUUGAAUCUACGUAAGGACCUUCUCAAGUUUUACGGCAAGUCCAUGGACGGCGCGUGCACGGGUUCUCUGUGCAACCACUGUAACGUAGACGAAAACAUAGCGAACACUACGAUGGCUGUCAUGACAAAGAGCGCUGGAGAUUUUUCUGCGGACGCCUUCGGUGUUGCCCAGUAUACAAUUAUCGGUAUUCUGGCAUUUAUCAUCGUCCUGGUCAUACUUUUGUGUGUGUGCGCCAUAUGCUUUUUCCGGAAGAAAUUAACGGACCUUCACCACCAGGCGACGGAGAUGAAGUACGAGAUCCGCACGGGAUAUUCGCGUCAGACGGGAUCCGCAAUUUCCGCCGGACACACCAUCAUUAACUACAAGGGCGUGGAUUUCCAUAACACCGCCAACGCGAGCGGAGGUACGCUGUACGAGUUCAACAAAGCAAACACGGCGCUGGCAGCCAGCAGCAGAGCUACUGUAGCAAACGGCGGUGUGGUUAACAAUGGCUUCGUCGGCAGCGAUAUGUACAUUCACGCUCGGGGUAGCGACGAUGUUGAUACGUCGGCAUUGUCGGGAAAUUCGAAAAGCAACAGCUCUCACCACACACACACCUCCUCUGAGCGGAACAGCUCUAUCGAGAUGGCGCAAUCCUCGGAAUACAAACCGCCGUCAUCUCACUAUGGCCGUUUAAAGGCAAACAGCAGCUUCAAGAAGCCGGUGGAUGCGCAGUUCAAGAAGCAGCCGCGAACGCAGCUGGCGGUGCCUCCAUGCCGACCAGAACUUCCUCCGCGUGAGAGCGAUCAGCCGAAGCUUUCGCCGGUUCGCAAGCCUGAUCUGGGCGCCGAAAGCGCUGACAAUGAUUACUCUUCUCAGACAAAUGACACCACUUCUAACGAAAGAAUUAACGCGACCAGACAUUUUACUGUGUCGCCUACGUUAGGUCAAGUAAAAUACAGAAGUCCACCUCCAUACAAUAAAUACACACACAAUUCUGAGUCGCCAUAUAAAGACUCGGGAACCAACUACCCAGUAAGUUUGAAAGACUCCGCAUACGGUACGGGAACCAAUCAGGUUUUUCGUGACGCGUACGUACUUGAUUUAAAUGGUUACCCGUCUCAAGACAGUGGCGGGUCAAUGGAAAAAAUAUCACGUGUUUAACAAAUAGUGCUAAAUCUAGCACAAUUUCAUUCCAUUAAUACACCAGUUACAUGAUACAAUGUAAACUACCAUCUCCUCUUCAUUUCUUUAUGUAGAAUUCUAGAAUUGCCAUAUGUCAUAACCGUUAUAUUAUAAAUACAUGUGUGCGUAUGUGGCAAGGUUCGUGUAUGAAAUACCCGUUCCUAACUUGUUAUGUAAUUGCCGACGUUUCAAAAAGCGUUGAGAUAAAUUGACUGAAUAAACUGAGCAAACCGUAGAUUACCUAUGUAAGGAAUCUGUUAUAAAAGUAUCUCGAUUA